CAAGUAUUGGGGCCAGUAAAAGUAGAAGUGCUAGUAGUUCGAGCACCAGCAAAAUUGCCUGGUUAUAAACAAUAUUCUGGUGCAAUUGAGAAGAUAUUGCAGCAACAUCAUAUGACACAGAAAUGUACUGCAACGAUAAAUGCUAGUCCAAUAUUAAAGAUACUCAAUCGUGCCAGAAUGAAUAAAAAUACAAGGGUAAAUGAG